AUGGAGCAAAAUCUUAAACUUGACAAAGGAGAGGAGGAGCAAAGGGUUGAUGCAAAUACAUACAGGCGUUUGGUUGGGAGGUUGCUAUAUUUACAGGCUACACGUCCAGGUAUCACGUAUUCUGUCAACAUAUUAAGUCCAUUUGUGUCUGAUCCUCGGCAAAAUCAUAUGGACGCCGCUACUCGUGUCCUAAGAUACUUAAAGUCAACACCCGGUCACGGAAUUUUGUUACCGAAAGAAGGAGGCAUGAAACUUGUUUCUUAUUGCGAUGCAGAUUGGCUCGGGUGUCCCCUCUCCAGGCGAUCUCGUACCAGAUGCUUGCUACUUCUCGGUGGUGCUCUUAUCUCAUGGAAAUCAAAGAAGCAAUCGGUUGUCUCUCGUUCCUCGGCUGAAGCAGAAUAUAGAGCCAUGGCAACCACGGUUAGCGAAGUAUUAUGGGUUUAUUCGUUGCUAUCAGAACUCAAUGAGACCCCCACAGAGGGAACCAUAUUGUUUUGUGAGAACCUAGCUGCUAAACACAUGAAAGAACAAAACAUGUAG